UACCUUUGCCGCCAUUUUGAAUUUCUAAUGAAUUGUCUGGCGGACCGGCACUGUGUGGUUAUGUAGAGAUAUCACAUUCUGUAAUCGUGCUCUUAGUAAUAGUGGAUGGCGGCAGCUUCGGGUUCCUCUGCUCACACAUGCAGGAAACGUGAAACGUGAAAACGGCUUAGAAACAAGAGGAUUUACCUGUGAUAGCCGAUAGAGCGUCUGACCACGUAAAAUGGACAAGUUGGGCACAGAUUGGUUCAAGAAUGUGGGGAAUAUGCGAGAAGCAAAAGACGAGUUGGAGGAGAUUGCAAAGAGCAAAGAUGACAAGGCAUUCCGUUCCGUGGUGGAUUUCCUGUGUGCAUGCCUGGAUUGUUCCACAACAGAACACUUGGAGGCCUUCAAACGUGUUCUAGGAGACGACCUGGUUAAAUGGAAGGGUCAUGAGAAGGAUCUUUGCGAGAUUCUGGAGAAGUUCCGAAUUCUGGAAGAGAAGACGGACGAUGAUGACGCAUUCUACAACUCAGCUGUGGAUGAUGCUGUGGAAGAACUGCUGGAGAGGUCAAAAACAUGCCACAAGAAGAUCAUGCCUAACGUGGUGAGUCUUCUUGUCUUCGCCCUGAACAAAGGCACAGAGACACAUCUGCACAUGGCAGAGGGAAUCGCGUCGGCUGAUGGCAUCCGAGACAUGUUGGAUAAGUUAAACGAUGAGGAGGCCAAGAGUGUACUCAAUGCCUACUUUGAGAUGAUAAAAGCGGAGACGUUCAAUCCCGACUCAGCAUUUGCCAUCGCAGUUUCGGGUUCUCUGUCUUCCAACCUAGCAGAGAGUGCAAAGAGCGCAAAGAAUGUGACGACUCUAACAGAGAUUAUCAACUACUGCUCAGAGAAGGAGCUGCUCAAAGAAGAUGAGCCAGACCAGGAUAAUGCAUAUGGCAUGGCCAUCAGGAUAAUGAUGGCUGUUUUUAUCAGCAAGAACAUGAGUAACCCUGAGAAUCUGAUGUUGGUGACGCCUGCAUUCAUCCGUCUCCUUGGCAACGAAGAGGUGUCCGGGCAGAUGGACCUGUCCAGUUACGUCAGCAUGUUCAUGCAGCAGGGGGAGGUCCUGGCUCCGCACGCAGACCAGCUCCUGGAUGCCUUCAUCAACAACGAUGACAACGAUGCCAUCAAUGACAUUGCUAACGUGCUGCCGGCCGUGUACAAGCACAACCCUGAACCGUUCAAAAAACGUCUCCCUGAAAUAGUGGAGAAGAUGGACGACGUUUCUGCUGACAGUCACUCCGGAUUCUACCACCUUUUCCAUGAGAUGUCAAAGACUGAGCCACAAGUCCUCAUGCCAUAUGCAGAAAAGCUGGAAGAGGGUUUCGACAACAUGUCCUCUAUGUCAUAUGCACUGCAAACCAUGAAAGAGCUCUGUAAGGACGACACCAAACCAUUCCUGGACAAGAUUGACACAUUAGAGAAGGUGUACAAGUCCCAGCCGAUGAUGUGCUACUUUAUCUACGAAGUUGAGUCUAUCAUAGGCUUAUACAAUGAGGAGUACGCAGAGCGAGUUAUGGCCCUGUUGACGGACAAGCUUACAACAGGUGAUGCCACGUACCAAAGCUCUGUCCUGAUGUUCAUGAAGACCGUAGGCGGCCGGUACAAGUCCGUGUUGGAGAAGCGGAGGACGAACAUCGAAGUUUUGCUGAAGAGCAGCCAACCUGGCGUUGCUGACAUGGCUCAAGGCAUGCUGGACUACCUUGAUGAUAGAAGCCUGAAGAGCUUGGACCAGGAUAUCAAAGAGCAGAAAGAGGAGGUGGACAAGCUGGACCAACGAGUUACAAAAACAGAGGAAAAAGUUGAAGACCUUGCGGAUGACGUGUCGGACCAGCGGCAGCAGCUGGGGGAGGUGAAGGAGGACGUCCAGCAGCAGGAAGAGAAGCUGACGGAGCUGGAGCACGUGGUGGACGAGACGGUGGAGAAAGUGGAGGAGAUAGACCACAAGACCCUCAGUGCUGCCCCUGCGUGGUCCCGUGACGUGUCCCUGUUGAUGAAUGAGGAAGGUGACUAUGACUGGAGGUUCCUGGCGGUCCGGCUCGGCUACGGGCCCGAGGACAUCCGGGCCUGGGCUACCAACGCCGACCCCACCAUGGCCAUGCUCAACGAAUGGUACAACACCCACCGCAGCAGCGAGGCCACCUACGCCGUGCUGAAGUCCCUACAGGAGAUGGGCCGGACAGACGCCGCGGAAAUCAUCGAGACCGCCAUGGAGGAGGCUGGCGCAGCAAUACCCAAACCAGCGGCUGACGAGCCCACCAACCCGCCGCCUAUCUUCAUCAGCUACCAGUGGGACAUUCAGGACCAGGUCAAACUCAUCAAGGAACAUCUGCAGAUGGCUGGGUACGAGAGCUGGAUGGAUAUCGGACAAAUGGGUGGAGGAGAUCAGCUGUACGCGAAGAUAGACAAGGGCAUGCGGGGAGCUAAGGUUGUUCUGGCCAUGGUCACGCCCAAGUACGCAGAGUCUACAAACUGUAACCAUGAGAUCAACCUGGCGAACCUGCUGAACAAACCCAUCAUCCCCCUCCUGGUGGAGAACACGCCCUGGCCGCCGCCUGGAUCCAUGAGCAUGAUUUUCUCUCAGCUCCUGUACAUCAUGUUUCACGGUGCCAGUUCCAGUUCCGGUAAAUUCUGGCCUGAUUCCAGCUUCUACGAGUUGUUAGGACAGCUGGCCUAUCAUGCCGCUCCGGACCAGAGCCUCAUCACGGAUGAAUACAGGAAUUGGACACCAAGCGUUGAGAAUAAAGAGGAGAAAGACAGCAGUACAAAGAAGUCUGAAAAGAAGGAAAAAACGUCCAGCACGCCAGUGGAAGACAAGCAGGACGUAGAACCUGUGGUGAACCCGGAAGUGUUCCUGUCCUACCAGUGGGGUCACCAGCCGCAGGUGAAGGCCCUGUACAGCCAGCUGACGUCACGAGGUUUCACCUGUUGGAUGGACAUACAGCAGAUGGGAGGAGGAGAUGCGCUCUACGGCAAGAUUGACAAGGGCAUCAGGAGUGCCAAGGUUGUUGUUUCCUGCGUGACCCCAAAAUACACGCUCUCCGCAAACUGCCGAAGGGAGGUCAGCCUGGCGGACGCACUGCGCAAGCCCAUAGUGCCUCUGCUGCUGCAGGACACAUCCUGGCCGCCAGAGGGCCCCAUGAGCAUGGCAUUCACGGAACUCCUGUACAUCGACUGCAGGGAUGAGAGUACUCAGAACAACUGGGAAGGCGCCAAGUUUGAAGAAUUGCUGCAACAGGUUUCCCGUCAUGCUACCCCAGCUCCAAAACCCGCACGCCCCAGCCCUCAGGCUAAGCCGCAAGAGAAGAGAGGACAAACUCCGACAAAAGCGGCUGCAGCAAAAAAGGGGGAUGGCGAAGCCACCACAGACAAAGCAGAAGAGCCAGAUGACCCAAAAGAUGCACGCGAAGAAAACGAAGUAGAGAACGUCCCACAAACAGCACCCACUGUUGAUAAUAACAAACAUCAAGAUGCAGUCAAGUCCACACCACCGCAUGUACAGCCAACAACAACGGGUAGCAUGGACCAAGUAGACAAGAACACAGGCAAGAAGAUGAAAAAGAAAAAGUCUAAAACCUGCUCAAUAUUAUGACACUGGUAGAACAGCUGUGGAA